CAUGAUCGAAUUACGCUAAACUGCUGCUGGGAAUGGAAAGGAGGGUGGCCUCUCUUCCUGGUUUCCUGUGCUGCAUCAUGCACGAACAUCUCGCCUGUCAAAAAAUUCAUAGCGGUCAAGUCAAAAGCAGCCCUGGUGAGGGAACAGAGAAAACGGCAAAUGCAGAAGGACUGGGGGUUUAUCCGGCAUUACUUGCAAGUUUAUCACCGUCCCUAAAAUUCAUUGGUCUCUCUCUCUCUCUGUGCAGACAACCGGUUGAGAGAUGCGUGUCCGGAAUCAACUCUCACCCUUUCUUCUGUUCAUAGCAGCCAACUCCUAGGGGCUGAGGUCCCUUCGCCCCCCCUAAAAUAUUUGAGCCCCCCCCCCAAAGUUAAUAGGCAUAGCCAUUCAAAUAGAGUGCGUGUGGUCGAUUACGCAGGGCGGGGCUUACCUGCCCCCCCAAAAUAAUUAUUCCAAUUGGCACCCCUGCUUCUGUUAUCCAUUAAGCAAGAACGAGCGAGCCGCAGACACGAGUGUGUGAACGAGGGAGGGGACCCCUCCACUAACGACUCCGGUUGUGUGGAGCCACACGAGCGUGUCAGCUGCCCUCGUUCGCCAAAACAACAACAACAACAACGCCUGGCUGUUUAUCUCGGCGGAGGCCCCGGCGGGGAGGCGGGCAGCAGCCUCCUUCGCUUGGGAAACUCCUGGCAGGGCCGUGCGGGGAGAGAGGGCGGGCCAGGCAGGCAGGCGGGCAGGCAGGCAGGCGGCAAGCGGGGCGGGGGGCAGAGCUGGGCGGCUUUCCAAGUGUCGCGAGCGAGGCAGGCGAGGAGGGAAGCAGGGCACUCGGGCAGUGGCCGCGGGGGAGCCGGGGGACGCGAAGCAGCCGAGGCCUUGCAGCGGAGGACGCGAGCGGCACGCCAGGCCGGGGGAAGCCCCACGAAGGGCCUGCAGAGCAGCCAGCAUGCCCGCCUCCGGAGGGGAGUAAGUUCGCCUCGCGCGGCAGGACCCAACUUCGCCUCCGCCGAGAGGACGGCGCGCGGCGAAGGGGCGGCUCGGGCUCGGCACUCCUCCCAACUCGCCGCAGCCGGGCGGGCGGGGGGGGGGCUUUCACCUCUGGCCCGAGCGGGGCAGGGCUCGGGGGGAGGCAGGCGGGAGAAGCCUCUCCUUGGGCCUCGCACUUGGAGGAAACUUCCCCCCAAGUUCGGAGCUCUGUCCCUCGCUUGAGCAGGUGCUGAAGGCCAUGGGCGCGUUUGUUUUGGUGUUGCUAAUGCCUGUCUCUCCCUACUCUCGUGUCGUGUGAAUAGCGGGGUCCCCCGUCCCCCGUCCCCGAAGCCUGGCAGGAGCGGGCCCUUCGCUCUUCUCGUAUUUCCCAAGUUGGUUGUUUUGGGAAGCCGGACUAGGGGGCAGCUGAUGUUUAUAUCCGACAAUGAUCGCACCACAUGGGCAUGGCUGGCCGGGGAGGGGAGCGUUGCUAGGGUAUUUAUAGGUUGUGGAAUCCGACCGCGACGCGAGGCUGGAGGGGAAAACAUGACCCCCCCUCCCCUCUCCUCCCCUCCCCUCUCCCUUCCUGGCCCUGCCUAGGUAUUUGCGUUUCUGCUCUGUCGCUCAGCAUCAGCUGUGCCAACAGAAUGCAACAAAGAGUCUGGUGGCACCUUAGAGGCCUAGGGUUGCCAUAGUUCAAAAAGUACAAUUCCUGACACCAGCAGAUUUGUUGUUGAGCUUUAGUUAGGAAGACCCCAAAAUUGUUGAGCUUUUUGGGGGGAACCUCCCCUCAAAAUAGUGAUUUUAAAAAAAAGCUUUUGGAGCAGUUUCCGCUGCUUUUUCCGUCGCGUUGCCAUACAACCGGGUUUCCCCAGACAUUUUGCCAAAAUUCCCCCUCACACCAUUUUUACACCCGAAAACCAGGACAAGUCAGGAAUUUUCUUGUGGUAUGGCAAGCCUAUAGAGGCCACAGUGUUUAUUGUGGCAUGAGCUUUUUGGGGGCGAGAGAGCUCACUUUGCCAGAUGCAUCGCUGAGAGGAUUUUUGUCUGGAUUCUCGUGCUACAAUAAAUACAGGACACAAGAUUCGGGUUGGUUUUGCUGCGUCAGACUCAGUAACUGCUGUACCACCCCCACUACCCUGAAUUUGCCACGGAAAUGUUGUGUCUACUAGAGGACAAUGGUGUAAGUUGAUGAAGGCUGUUGUCCUGUACAUGCUUAUCUGGGAGUAAGUUCCACUGAAGUUGACAGGGCAUGUUUCUGAAUAGGCAACUUGCAGGAAUUGCAGUGUGUAUGAAGGAAGUUGCUCCCCCUAAAAACAAAAGAAACAUCCAACAAAAAUGUGCAAAAAAAUUAUUACUGUACUCAUUUGUUGCAAAGGAUUCAGAUGUCUUUCUUCCAGAUAGCUAAUUUCUCCAGCCUUCAGGCCACCUAUCCAAAUACAGCUUCCAGUGCAAUAAAUAAGUGUUUCGUCUUGUGUCAUGCCUACAAUAUCAGCAACAAGGAUGUCAUUUAGAGAGGGAAGCUCAGUUUUCUUCCUCAACAAUUUCAGGGUGCCUUCAUUGAUGUAAAAUAAUUGCCAAUUGUUAUUCUUCAGGAAAAACUAUAUAUUUAUUGUUAUGAGAUAUAAAAAGUAUCCACAAUAAAUGCUCUUAAAAUAAUAUUGUUUUGAUGUUUUUUGUAUUUAUUUUAAUAAUUCCAUCUGGAAUGUAUCCAAGACCAGGCCUUUGAAGUUUGCUGUGACUCGUGACUUGAAAGAGCACAUCUUCUUCCACCAGUUCCCAUUUCAUUUUAAACGAGGGAUGGGGAAUGUCUCCAGCUGUUGUGCAACUGCAUCUCCCACCAUCCCUGAUUAUUGGCCAUACUGCUUGGGGUUGAUGGCAGUCAAAGUCCCAACAACUUCUAGAUCCAUUUGAGUCUGACUGAAGGCCUGGUUUUCAGGGUGAAAACAACCUUGGUCACCCUGACUGAUGACUUAACAGGAGAGAGGGAGAACUGCAACCCUGUUGCUAGAAAAAAAGCUAGUAGCACACAGCCUGGGUUUCUGGUAGAAAUGGAAACCUGCAAAUGGCCAUGAUUCUCAGUGGAUGUGGAGCUGCAUUCCUGAACCUGGUGCCCUGCACAUGUUUUGGACUACAACUCCUAUCAACCCAACAAGGACUGAUGGGAGCUGCAUCCCAAAACAUGGAUUGCACCAAAGGCUGGUGUAAAGUGACAUUACUGUAUCUUCCUGCAAUAGCUACGAUGAAACCCCUAUACAUUGUAGUCCUCCUCUCUUCUCUGACACUUAUCUCUAUGUGAGCAUCCACGCACCUGAGAGACCUCUUUGAUGUUCUGUCCUGUAGCCCCAAGGGAGAGGAUUAUUCCACAGCCAUCCUGCGCCAGAAACAUCGUCCCAACCGCCUCAUUGUAGAUGAAGCGGCCAAUGAAGACAACAGCAUUGUGAGCCUGUCUCAGGUAACUAUAAAUCUACUGCUCACCUUUCCUGUCCAUAGUGUCCUUUGCCCCACAUUCCACAGUCAAUUUAGCCGUUGUCACUGCUGCUUUAUUCUAGACCAUUGCCCUCUGCUCCUUAGCUAGUCUGGCCAGUCCAUUUUCUCAAAUCCUGCACCCAGUGAAUAUAAUGACCCCAUCUCACCAUAUAAUGGCCAAGAACCAGUGCAGUACAGCAUGGGGAGAAAGAUAGUUCUACCAUAUAGUGGUGGGGAGGGGAAGUGGAAUCAAGAGGAGGCUGUUGGGGUCAAGGGGUGCAUGCGUCAUGGUGCACAUCCCCUGACCAUAAUCCUUUCUUGAAUAUAAUCUUAGCCGUUAGGGGCUCGAGCAGGUCAAUCCCCCAGCCCCUGCCACAUUCCCCCUCCCCCCCCCCCCGUGUCCCAUGGCUCUUGGAAGGCAGUGAGCGCACUCAGUCUAUGUUGGGCCAUCCUUCCCCUUUCUUUUCAGCUUACAAACUAAAUUUAUGGGGAAACUUCUAAAUAUGUCAAGCCACUCUGUGUGUGUCUAACUUUUUGGGAAGAAGGGCAAGAUAUAAAAUUCCAAAUAACCAGUGGUAGUUUGGGGUUGGGUCAUGUGUGUGUAUUUAUUUUUUUGUUAUAACUGUUAAUUAUUUGGUUGGGUUAACUGAUUUUAACCUAUAAGAUAAAGAAAUAUUGCUUAUGUCCAUUAGACUAAAAAAUGAUUGCUCGUCUGCCUUUCCUAAUCUAUAGCUGAGAACUGCACGCAUAUAUUUUGUGUCACAAACAUGAUGUGAUUUGAAUGUUAACAUAAAGAGCACACAGAGACUGUUGAGAAAUAUACAUAAGCAACCCAUGUGUGCAGAAUUUUGCCAAGGCUGAUGUGAGCACAUGAUUUGAAUUCAAACAUAUCUUAGAUUUGCCAAUAUGCAACAGAGGUACCUAAACGGUGUUUUAUUCUGUUUGAUGUUUUAUUCUAUUUUUUAAUCUGUUGGGAGCUGCCCAGAGUGGCUGGGGAAACCCAGCCAGAAGAGCAGGGUAUGUAUGUAUGUAUGUAUGUAUGUAUAAAUAAAUAAAUAAAUAAAUAAAUAAAUACUAAAAAAAAACACCCCAUAGAUUUGAUUUUCUCCAGAAAGACAGGCAAUAACACACACAAUGGUUAUGCAAAAGUAUACAAUUUCCGUUCUCACAAUGCCUUACAAAACACACAUUGCAAAUGCAUCACAGGCAUCCCACCUGCACAAACAGAUGUGCCACAUUUGACCCCGCAAGAACCACAUCAUGAAAACACACACAGCUGCAUGUCAUCUAUUGGAAAGUGACCUUGCCUCAGUCCCAUUCUUGGUUCAUCGCAGGCCAAGAUGGAAGAGCUGCACUUGUUCCGGGGGGACACGGUGCUGCUGAAGGGGAAGAAGCGCCGGGAGACAGUCUGCAUCGUCCUCACGGAUGACUCCUGCCAGAACGAGAAGAUCCGCAUGAACCGCGUUACCCGCAACAACCUCCGUGUGCGCCUCGGAGACGUGGUCAGGUGAGGCCUGUCCGAAUGGAACUAGGGGCAGGAAGAAAGCAUAGGAAAGGGAGUUGUGCUGUGAAUGUGCUAGGGUGAGUGUGCGCUGCUACAGGGAGCACCAGAGGGCAAACUGUGCCACACAGUCAGCAAAGGCUCAUAGUGGAGCUAUUUUAAGCUUUUGGAGGGAAUCAGCCCUUGUUAUUGGUAAUUUGCAUGUGCACAUCCAUCUGUAUGUAUACUUAUUUGAAGUUGUCCAGCAUGGAAUCUGUUAAAUUGGAAUCUAUUAAAAUUGGGGACAAUGCUAGAGCUUGGGAACGGCUGCUGUGUUGCACACCCAGUAUGUUGCAUACCCAGUAGAUCCAGCUUGUUCCUGAAGAGUGUGUUUGUGCAUGUGUGCGCGCGCUCUGCUACUUUACGGAAGCUAGCUGAGCCUUCCCUUGUCUAGUGUGCAGGCUUGUCCGGAUGUGAAGUACGGAAAGCGGAUCCACGUUCUGCCCAUUGACGACACCAUUGCAGGCUUGACUGGGAACCUCUUUGAAGUUUACCUCAAACCCUAUUUCCUCGAGGCCUAUCGACCUGUGCACAAAGGUGAGGAGGGGCAACACUAGGCCUGUCAUAAGGAACAAGGCUAAAUGGGAGGGAGGCAGUGCUGGAAAGAGGGGCCUUCGACCUGGAGGUGAAGGGGGCUGCAGUGAAGACAGCAUCAGCACCCAGCGUGGUGGGGUAAAUGCCAGGUUCCAUGGGCCCCAGAGACCCCACCACAGCUGAUGCCGACCUCUCUUUGUGCUCUUGCUCUCUCCCACAAUUUCAUUACAGUGGUACCUCGGGUUACAUAUGCUUCAGGUUACAUACGCUUCAGGUUACAGACUCUGCUAACCCAGAAAUAUUACCUCAGGUUAAGAACUUUGCUUCAGGAUGAGAACAGAAAUCGUUCAGUGGCUGCACAGCGGCAGCAGGAGGCCCCAUUACCUAAAGUGGUGCUUCAGAUUAAGAACAGUUUCAGGUUAAGAACAGACCUCAGGAACGAAUUAAGUUCUUAACCUGAGGUACCACUGUAUUGCUGUAAGAUAAAGCGCUGGGCUAAGUAGCCGAGGGGAUGCGGGUGGCGCUGUGGGUUAAACCACAGAGCCUAGGAUUUGCUGAUCAGAAGGUCGGCGGUUCGAAUCCCCGUGACGGGGUGAGCUCCCGUUGCUCGGUCCCUGCUCCUGCCAACCUAGCGGUUCGAAAGCACGUCAUGUGCAAGUAGAUAAAUAGGGACCGCUCCAGCGGGAAGGUAAACGGCGUUUCCGUGUGCUGCUCUGGUUUGCUAGAAGCGGCUUAGUCAUGCUGGCCACAUGACCCGGAAGCUGUCUGCGGACAAACGCCGGCUCCCUCGGCCUAUAGAGCGAGAUGAGCGCGCAACCCCAGAGUCAGUCACGACUGGACCUAAUGGUCAGGGUUCCCUUUACCUUUACCUUUAAGUAGCCGAAGCCACUGCUACCUUGGUGAUUUGUGUUUUAUUUAUUACUAUCCUUAUAUCCCACUUUUCCUCCAUGCAGCUCUAGGUGGCACCCAUGGUUUUCUCCUUCCUCAUUUUAUCCUCAAAACAACCCUAUAGGCUGAGAGUGAGUGAGUGGCCCAACGUCUCCCAGUAAGCUUUGUGGCUGAGUGGGAAUCUGAACCCCAGUUUCCCAGGUCCUAGGAGUUUAGCUGCUGCACCACACUCACCUCCUCCACACUUCUGGGCCCCACCUUUGGCAUGUGCCACUACAGGAGUGGAGCCUAGAGGCAUUAGAGAUAAUAAAGAUGGUGGCUGCUGCAGCUGCCUCACCCAAAGCUUAUCUUUACAGCACCGAGCUGAGGGAGACCUGGCCAGCUGGACUAGUGCCACUGCCCAUCCCUUCUGCCCCCAGAAAACUUUGGGGAGGGCUGACAGGAAGAUGCUGGGGAGAGGAGCUUCUGGAGGGCACCAUGCCAAGGGACUAACUUGGCACUGGUUCUACUUCUAAGCACCGGGGAGAUUGUUUUCUCAGUCUGAGCACAGUUUGGGGCUGGGUUUGGCAACCCCACUGGGAUUUAUAUUCCCAGUUCUCUUGUUUACUUGCAGGUGUUGCCUUUUCCUAUUUUGCCCCAGAACUGUCACUUUCCAGCCUUUGUUGUGGGUCCUCAGGUUAGCAUACCAAAUUCGAAACCUUUGGAGCUAGCAAGGUGCUUCCUCUUGUCUUCCCAGGUGACAUUUUCCUUGUGCGAGGCGGGAUGAGGGCUGUGGAGUUCAAGGUGGUUGAGGUUGACCCCAGCCCCCACUGCAUCGUUGCUCCUGACACCAUCAUCCACUGCGAGGGGGAGCCCAUCAAGCGAGAGGUAUGUAUGGUCUGAAGAGAUGCACCUCAGGGAUGGGAGAGCAGGCAGCUGGAUUAUGGUUGGGCGAUUAUUACUAGAAGCCAUUCAAGCCAUUUGGAUAGUGUAGAGGCACAGGAUUUUGAGGGUGGGAUAUGCUGUACAAGAUCAGCACUGUCCAGUUUGUUUGGUACAUGCAAAUAACUGUGGUCCUCAGUAAAAUUUUAUUUUUUAGAAAAUAAUUCUGUGGAAGAUGCACCUCAACAAAAUUGAAGAGAGGCGUAAGGGAAGCCUUCUGACCUCUCAAUGUUGUUGGACUGCUACCUCCUAUCACCUCUAACCAGCAUGGCCAAUGGUUGAGGUUGACAAGAGUUUGUAGUCCAGCAACAUCUGGCAGGGCCCACAGAAGAGUUAAGGCACGAAUCCUGCCUCCUCAGUUUACUCAGCAUGUUAACUAUGUCAUAUAAGCUUUGUGGGACAGGGUGCUCUGUUGUUGAGAUACUUUCCUGCUCACCCCUCCGCUCUGUCAGGAUGAAGAGGAGAGCCUCAAUGAUGUCGGCUAUGAUGACAUUGGGGGCUGCCGUAAACAGCUGGCUCAGAUCAAGGAGAUGGUGGAGCUGCCCCUGAGACACCCAGCGCUCUUCAAAGCUAUUGGUGUGAAGGUACGGCAGGGGAAGUGGGAAGGCCAGGGCGUAAUAGCUUCCAGAGGACCAUUCUUCACUGUUGUUCAUGAAAUGUAUUACAACAGGGGAAGCUGAUGUUGUGCCCUCUAGGAACUGGAGGCUUCAACUCCCAUGCUGGCUGGGACUGGUGGGAGUUGUAGUUCACAACACCAUACUAGCUAUCCCUGUGUUGCAAAAUUCUUCCAUAGGUUGCAAUACUAUAAUCAAUAUGAUAAUCUUUAUUGUCACUGUCCCUUACAGAACAACAAAAUUGAAAAAAUCUACAUCAGACAUUCAAAAAUGUGGACGAGUAUUCCUUCUGCUUUGUUCCCACCACCUUUCUCUCUAAGCAGAAUUUUCUGUGUCAUUCAUACUUCCACUCCUAAAAUAAGCAAGCACCCUUUUCCUGCCUCCCACAUUGUAGGCUCUCUUGGCUUCAUUGGCCAAAGCAUCUUUUCUGGCCCAUUGACCUCUCACCAGGGAUGGACUGAGACAUUUUGACACCAUGGGGGGGGGGGUGGCUCAUGAGGCUCUGCAAGGGCUUCCCUUCAAGGAAAAGCCUUUGUGAAGCAUCACCACCAGGGGCGGGGGGGGGGGGGACGUGCAAACUCUGCAAGGGCUUAGCUGGGGUGUAACACUGUGCACUGGAAUGCCUCCCUCUUGACAAGACUCUUGGCAAGCAGGGAUGUUCCACAAGGCUUUGCUGCUGGUCUGUUUCUGCCCCUAGGGGCAAGGGAGACCAGCAAGCAACACACUGCCGCUCUCCUGCUGCAGAAGCCUCCUUUACAUGGUUUGUGGUGGGAGCAGUGUGGGAAGGCAGGGUGUCUGUGAGGGCACCACCCUCACCGCUUCCAUUGCCUGAGGCGACUGCUUCACCCGCCUCAUGGGUGGGCCAGCUCUGCCUCUGUCACUGUUGGAGGACCUAAUUAUUUUGCACAGACUCUCCUUAUAGGACUCCUCUGCCUUCCCUCCUUUCUUUCCCUAGCCUCCACGAGGGAUUCUUCUUUAUGGUCCCCCUGGCACUGGGAAAACACUUGUUGCCCGUGCUGUUGCAAAUGAAACCGGAGCCUUCUUCUUCCUUAUCAACGGUGAGAAAUACUGUGUGAAAUGGAGGGAGGGAAGUUGUGUGGGGGAUCUUAGCAAAACCUAUCCAUCCAUUCUUCAUCCAUUGAGGACAACCACUCUAAUCCUUCUUGCCACCCAGAAAUAAAUGAUAGUUAUGAUUAAAGUGAAGCCGGUGUACAGGAGAUGUAUAAACUCUGGGCUGUGUCCAAAGCAGGCACAGCAGAACUGGCAAUAGUAUUUUUGAUGCCAUGCCAUUUCAUUCUCCAACUGUCCUCUAUAGCUACUCUGAAGUAUAGAAGAGGCUGUUUUAUAAUCUUAGACUAAGUAUUGUCUUCUGUUCUUCUACAGGCCCAGAGAUCAUGAGCAAACUGGCUGGGGAAUCGGAGAGCAACUUGCGCAAAGCCUUUGAAGAGGCAGAGAAGAAUGCUCCAGCCAUUAUCUUUAUUGAUGAGCUGGAUGCCAUUGCCCCUAAGAGGGAGAAGGUGAGAGAUGGCAUUAUUGGGAGCAGAUAGUGAAGUUAUCCCACUUUGCCGAAAGACAGCUGCCUGUUCAAACUGGGAUCCUUCUAUGAUUGGCUGCUCCCAUCUCAGAUGUGUUGGGAAGGUAUCCUCAAUGCAAUAAACUGCCUCCAGAAAUGUCAAAAGCAACUAUAUCUCACCAUUAGGUGAAAUAUUAGUUUAAACGAAGCCUGUGUGUUUUCCCUCAACACACACACACACACACACACAUGCACAGAGAGAAAGAGAGGGGGGGGCUGAAUUUAGCCAGAGGUAUGCUGGUCUUUCCCCAGUUGUAUUACUUGGGAAAUGCUGGUGUGUGAUAUUCUUUGGGGCUGUUGAUAGCACUGGCACAUUCUGUAAAGCUGUUCAGCGUGAAAUGAGAGAGGAUAUGGCAGAAUGGAAUAAACCCGGUUCUGGAUGUGCUUAAUGCUGUGAUGGAACAGAAAUCAUUAAGUUUUGUACAGUACCAGGAACAGUGACUCUCUCCCAGCCUGACACUAGCAGGAGCCAUGCUGAGAGAGCCCAGUUCUAUUCCCAUCACAGUUAUCUUCAGCUUGGCGGUAAGUUUGUGUAAUGUAGAAUACGGUAAUCCUUUCUUGGCAUUAUACUGCUGGUGGAGGAAAAGGUGCUGCCAAAUACCUUCCCCCUUCCUCUUGCUUCUCAGAAUGCUGCAAAAUCCUGUCCUAUGGAUCCAAGUACAAGAGAUGCUGCAAGGGAUGCAAUUCAAUCUUUUGCCCUGUUAUGGUGCUCACCUUGGGCCCCUCCUCCAGAUGUUUGCAUGUCUUCCCUUUAAUCAUGCAUCCCAUACUUUUCAAUGCAUGUUACUUUCCAAACUGCAGAAAGCCCUUUUUAAAAAUAAAGUGGAUUUUGUUGGGCUAGGGCAAUAAACUGCUCUAAUCCACUCUAACUGCGCAAACUUGAAAUUCCUGUGAGGUCUUGAAUCUUUCCACAAAAUCCUGACCACCUGGAGGCAGCCAUACAUUGCUGUACAGUGGAACCUCUACUUACGGACAUAAUCCGUUCCGGAGGUCCAUCUGCUGGUCUAAACAGUACGCUAGAAGAGGCUUCUUGUGCGCAUGCGCAUUCGGCAGUAACACACUUGUGCACAUGCACAGAUGGCAGAAGCCGCUUCCGUGCAUGCGCGAAUCGCGGCAAACCUGGUGUUUACGUCCGGGUUUGCCGUGGAUGCAACUUGGAAUGUCCACGAGAUGAGGCGUAUGUAAGUCAAGGUUCCACUGUAUCUCCCAAGUUUGCUCUUGUGCACAUUUACCACCACUAGGGGUAGCCGUGUCCAAAAUUUUAGUCCUAGGAUGGAUUUGUUUGACUUCUAAGCUAGGGUAUGAGAGCCAGUUGUUGUUCCAGCGUUUCUUUCAACUUUGGGCUCCCGUUUCAGACACAUGGAGAAGUGGAACGCCGCAUUGUGUCCCAGCUGCUCACACUCAUGGAUGGCCUGAAGCAGCGCUCACAUGUGAUAGUCAUGGCGGCUACAAAUCGGCCCAACAGCAUCGAUCCUGCACUGCGCCGGUUUGGUAGGAGACUGUCCUGCAUUCUCAUCCAUCUGCUCUAGGAACUCUCCUCCUUCUCCUCCCUUGGCUGUGAGCCUUAAAUCCAUUGAGGAAAAUGCCAGAGUCCCAUUGUCACAAGUUGCUCCUAAAGGUGCUGGCUGUAACAAGAGACAAGUUUCUAGCUCUCUUGUUUAAUCCAUGGGGGCCUUAACCUUCCCAGAUGCCAACCCAUCUCCAGGGACACAUCCUAACUACUUAGUCCCACUUCCCAUUCAUUGUUCCCUCAUCUGCAAGAUAUGAUAGUUAUGAGGAUGAAAACAGCACACUCAAGGCUAAGGAGUGUCAUUUUUGGUAGUUCUGGGCUCAGUGCUCCUUUACCCUCUGCAGGGCGCUUUGACCGAGAAAUUGACAUUGGGAUCCCAGAUUCUGUGGGAAGGCUGGAAAUCCUGCAGAUACACACCAAGAACAUGAAACUGGCUGACGAUGUGGACCUGGAGAGGGUGAGGAGCAGGCAGUGGAGGCCCAUGGGGAGGCAGGGUGGAUCCAAGGGACACUUGGAGAUGCAUGGGCUCUUUAGAGCUUGGUAAGGGCUGCAUUAGGCAGGAACACUUAUCUCUUGAUUCUGCUACAUGUCUUAAUGAGCUGUCACAGGUCACACACAAUAGGUGGAACACUCCAUCUCACACUCCUCAAGCCAUGCCUUUCAAGGAUGCCACUUCCCACACUGACCAAGAGGUUCAACAUCAAGGGACGCACCUCAUAUGUGACCCAGGUUGGGUGGGAGGAUGCAGGUUAAGAGCCAUGGCCCUAGGUGCAAAGAUGUGAUGCACAUGAAUUAUAGUAGCUCUCAGGCUACUAGUGGAUAACAGGGUAUGCAGGAAACCUAAGGAGACAGCAGCAUGCUUUGGGGAUUGCCUGUGUGUGCUUGUCAGGGCGUGCUUAUCCUUGCUCAGAGACUGGGUAUGAAGAGUAGAAUGACAGUUCCAGAAAGUACCCUGUAUAAAAUGCAGGGUGCGCUACAUUUGCCUGAGAUCAACUGAGGACUCAUCCACAUUUCCAUUUGCCCCACUGCUUUCCCCUUGGGGAAACCUGCAGUUUAGCGCUGAAAUGGAGCAGACGGCAAACGUGUUUUCUGCAGAUUGGCGUUUGUUCAGUGCUAAAAGAGCAAGUUUGCCAGCAGUCUAUUGUUUGGGACAGCUGAUUACACCUCUAGCUGCAAGGAAAGGCUCUUUGCAUCAUUAGGAGAGGCUCACUUUCCUUAGAAGCUGCUUCAGGAACCCUUAAGGAACUGUCCUAGGGAAUGACACCCCAUAGAAAGCCCCCUCCAACACACAGUUUGUGAUUACAGGUGGCCAAUGAAACGCAUGGGCACGUGGGUGCUGACCUGGCAGCUCUGUGUUCUGAGGCAGCGCUCCAAGCUAUCCGCAAGAAGAUGAGCGUCAUUGACCUGGAGGACGACACGAUUGAUGCUGACAUCCUCAAUUCCAUGGCUGUCACUAUGGAUGACUUCCAGGUGGGCCAGCUCUUGGCAAUCCAAUAGCAAGAGCUCUUAAGCUAAAUAUAUGUAGCUAUCACCCUUGUUCACUUUGUUCGCCAACCCCAGUGGCCCUACCAAACCCACUUCCCCCUUGCUAACCCCCCUCCCUUUACACCCCCAGUCUUCCUGUUGAUCCCACUGUUGCUGCUGCUGCUUGAGACAGGAGGAAAAAGCCAGCGUUGAAAAUGUGGGCUUCUUUCUUGUGCUUUCUUCAGCUGCAGCAGGUUUUGUGUAUGUUUGUGUGUGAGAAAGUGAGUGAGUGUCAGAGCAAAGCUUCUUUCUCCACUUUGUCCUCUCCCCCUCUUCCCUCCAUCACUGCUGGUGUGCUGGGAAGCCAGAAAAGGAAGACGGCACUUCAAAAUGCAGGCUUUUUCCCUCCUGUCUUCCACAAUGCAGAGUGACUUAGACCUUCCCUUUUCCACUGUGCCUUCCUGCCUUCGUGCACCUCUGGUUCCCUCCUCCUCACUGGCUUUGGUCGCCCACAUACUUGCUCACUUGGCCAAAGUGCCCUGGUGUUCCUGGGUUGCUCUUGGGGGAUUCUAUGGGAAGCAAGGAAGGAACCUGCUGCCUCUGUCCAGGGAGGCGCAGAACUUCAAUGCUUCAUGUUCUCUUCUGCUUUGUAGUGGGCCCUUGGACAGAGCAACCCGUCAGCACUUCGCGAGACUGUAGUGGAGGUUCCACAGGUCUGCUGGGAAGAUAUUGGAGGCCUGCAGGAAGUCAAGCGUGAACUACAAGAGCUGGUGCAGGUCAGUAGCAGCAUGGUGUGGUUCAGCCCCCAGAUAGGAAAGAGAAGCAUUAAUGUGCUGCUUCAAAACUGGUACAGCAGAAGAGUGUCCUGACUACAUGGUCAGUAAGGGGGAACAGUCCCAGUUCUCUAACACACACCCCACUCCCUCUCACCCUCAACAGUUCCCAGUGGAGUAUCCCGACAAGUUCCUGAAAUUUGGAAUGACGCCAUCACGAGGUGUGCUUUUCUAUGGACCUCCUGGCUGUGGCAAGACUCUCCUGGCCAAGGCAAUUGCGAAUGAGUGCCAGGCCAAUUUUGUCUCCAUCAAGGGGCCUGAGCUGCUCACCAUGUGGUUUGGAGAAAGUGAGGCCAAUGUCCGCGACGUUUUUGACAAGGUACAAAGUGGAUGCAGGGUGGGACAGAUGAACACUCACUUGAAAUCAGGUGGGCUCUGACACUGGAUAGCUUUCAGCUUCAGAUAAAGGCAUUUCUCUCUUACCAGGCCUUUGAGAAACAGCAGCAAGCCAUUUUUUAGUGUUGUCAAAUGAAUGGGGAUGUAUACUGAAUUCUAAAUGCGGUAUUCUAUAGCUUUGUAAGUAGUUUUUGGAUUGUUUUAUGUAUCUUAGUUGCAACUGGUCCUGAGGCCAUGUAACAAAGCACAGGAUAUACAUUUUAUGGCUGAAUGAAGAAGCAACUAAGUAAUGAGAGGGCAGCAACUGGAAGUUCCAACUACUUUCCAGUAGCCCAUAUGAAGAACUAAAAGCAAAGGAGAUUGUAGCAAACCUCCAGACUUUAUUAUCAUUUUUAAAAACAACAACAAUUGUUGUUGUUGUUAAGGGAGGCCCCUGGUGGUAUGUUCAAUAAAGAUUUGCCUAUCAGUCUUCCACAGGGAGCAGAUAUCUAUAUAGUUUCUAUAUGGUCUUUGUGGAAUACAGUUUCUGUGCUGCAUUCUUAUUGGCAGCCUGAAGAUCUGCCCACUAAGCACCCAGUGUUAACUAGGUCCUUCCUAACAUAUUACUUGGGAACCACUGAGCUAAGAGCCUCCAGCUCUUCGUUGCCAUUAGGUGUGGGUGGCUACCAUGCAGCCCUCAGUUCACCACCUUCACCCUAUAAAUAGGGACAGGCAGCUGGUGUACCUACUGUUGGGGAUGCACUACACAGGGUAGACGUGGAGCCUUUGAGCUCUAGAUCACACUGGUACCUUGCAUCCCCCAGGCCAGGCAGGCUGCUCCCUGCAUCCUCUUCUUUGAUGAACUGGACUCCAUUGCCAAGUCCCGUGGUGGCGGUGCAGGAGACGGCGGAGGUGCAGCUGACCGUGUCAUCAACCAGAUCCUCACAGAGAUGGAUGGCAUGACCAACAAGAAGACAGUUUUCAUCAUAGGUGCCACCAACAGGUAAAGAGGGUGGGGAAGGGAGGGUACAGUUGGGUGGCCAAGUCGUGCAUAAGAACUGUGCUGGGUCUCCUCUCAAAGAAAGCUGCUCUGUUGACAUAUGAUCAACACCAGGCUGUUUGUCCCAGUGCAAACUCAGCCACUUGGCCCCUUUGGAAGGAGGGUUCUUUGGAAGGAGAAUGUUCUGUAUCACAGCUUCCCUUCAUGCAAAGUUACACCUCCUUCCUUGCUAAUUCUUAUCCGUCACGACUAUAGAAUCUGCUCUUUGCUUUAAGCUUGGUUACCGAUGAAACUAAGAGCUUGAGUGAGGAGAGCCAUGUGUCGCUGCCUUGGGGGAAUCAAGAAACACAGUUCUCUAAGGGGAUGGCUAGUCCCGUUGACCAUAGUGAAUCCAUAUUCCUUUUUCAUCCCACAGCAGGGAAGCUAAGCGAGGAAACCCUUAACAAGAGUGAUUGUUGGUAUGCAGACCCUGACUGCUUUGCUCCAAAGGAAUGUGUAUCUCUGGGUGAAAAAUAUUCCCUUUCCCUGCCUUGACACCUGUGAAUGGAUACCCCCGUCUGUGCUGUUGCCGAGCUGAGCUGAGAUUAUCUAGUGCCUUAUCUAGGGUGAAGCAGCCAAUAUACCUUGAAUAUAUUCUCUGUCUCUUUGGCCUCCAGACCAGACAUCAUUGACCCAGCCAUCCUUCGUCCAGGACGCCUGGAUCAGCUCAUCUACAUCCCCUUGCCCGAUGACAAGUCUCGCAUAGCUAUUCUCCAAGCCAACUUGCGAAAGUCACCUAUCGCCAAGGUCAGUGAAAGCCAGGACUGAACACAGGGGAAGGGAGGUGAAACAGCAUGGGAAGUAGAUAGUAGAAAUGGGGAUAGGAUUCUGAGACCACAUCCUGGCCUCCACCACCACAGUCUUCCAACAGAGGAGGAUGUAUUGCACGAAAGGUAUGUUUAUCUUCUUCAAACAGGGAAUGUUUUUUCUGUGUUGGCAGGAUCUUUCCAGUAAGCUCAUGUUAUCUUUCUCCAACAGGAUGUGGAUUUAAAUUACUUGGCCAAGAUCACACAUGGCUUCUCAGGUGCUGACCUCACUGAAAUAUGCCAGCGUGCCUGCAAACUGGCCAUCCGUGAGGCCAUCGAGAUGGAGAUCAAGGCAGAACGGGAGCGUCAGCGUCAUAAAUGUGCCGCCAUGGUAUGGUAGCGAGACUUCCCCACAUCCCAACAGGGCCAGGCAGGAUUCCUUCCAUUGCCUCAUGCCCUGUUCUUCCCCAUAGUAACAUAUUCUGCAUAGUAUUCUGGGAACUUUAUGGCCACCCCCCAUCGUGGGGCCACAGUCUCCUCGAUUGCAUUGAUCUCACAGGGCUUUGGAGCUUGUAAGGAUGCAGCUCUACAACAUUUCCCCCCCCGCCUGCCUUUUUGUGAUAGGAUGACGAUUAUGACCCCGUGCCAGAGAUCCGACGCGAUCACUUUGAGGAAGCAAUGCGCUUUGCACGCCGCUCUGUCAGUGAUAAUGACAUACGCAAGUAUGAGAUGUUUGCCCAAACAUUACAGCAAAGCCGUGGCUUUGGCAACUUCAGGUAAUGUUGGAGAACUUUUUGCUUCCUCUGCCCCAAGCUAGAGUUUCACUUCAGUGCAGUGGACAGGCCCUGGGUGAGGAACUUGGCCCCACAGAUGUUGUUUGACCAGAACUCCCAUGGCUGGGAUUAGUGAAGGCUGAAGUUCAACAACAUUCCUAGGUUCCCCUUUCCUAGGAUAGGGGGAAAUUUGUUCUUUGAAACAAGAUACAGGAAUCUCAGCUUGACUCUACUAUGUAGCUUGACUCUCUACUAUCUACCUUGUCACUCUGCUAACUUUUCUAAGUUGCUUUGGGUUGCCUUGGGCAGGAUAAAGUGACUAACAAAUUAAAUAAAUUAAAUAAUAACAGUACUAUCAAGAUUUCCGAGGGUUGCAUUCCAUCAUCCCAACCAACUGAAAAUAAUACUUUUUAUUAUUAAGUAUAUGACCCAGUGAGGGCUCUCAAGUUAGUUUAAGAUGUUAAAUUCCAUAUACAAAAUAAAGGGUACCAUUCAAAAUAAGUGCAAUAGAAUUAAACACACACACACUAGCUAAAAUAAACAAAAGACCAUUCAAAAACAGCAUUGCCCUGACCCAGCUAUGGAGAUCCACAGGCGGUACCUGCAGACUCUGAAUUGCAGGUAUAAAUUAGAAGUGCAUUCAGAUGCACAUUAGAAUUAGCACCCGAGUGAGGAUACAGUCCCUCCAUAUUGCAUUACUUUAAACGGGAUGGGUUUUUAUGUGCAUUGGGAUGUGCAUCACAUCCACAUUAUUUUAACACCUUGUUUAUGUAGAGUACAACCAGAUCAGUGCCCACAUUCAUAAAACAGAAUAACCCAACUUUCUCUUGCAUGAAACCAAGGCCAUUCUUUAUCUCCACAGGUUUCCAUCUGGAAAGCAGAGCACCAGUGGAGAGGGAAACAGUGGAAGCAGCAGUGGCCAAGGAAGCCUCUUCCAAGAGGAGGGCGAUGAUGAUCUUUACAACUGAUUGUGCAGGAAAUGCCUCCUUUUUGCUGGCAUCAUUUACCCUGUAUUCUCAUAGUUAUUGUGCUCUUUAAUGUCAGGGCUGGUGCUUGAGCCCCAACUCCUACCCUCAUCCUUGUAUGUGGAAUCUGAGCUACCAGAGGCAAACUCCUCGUCCCUGAUUUGGGGGCCAGAUGCCUCUUUCAGUGUUUGUGCCUGUCUCGGCCACUACCAGGAACCUCAUGGCACCAACAGCCCUUGCAUUUGUUGGGUGUCCAAGGCAAUACCCAUGGAAGUCACCAGGGGGCAGCAAAAGCCUAAGCAGCUGCUGGAUCAGAGGCAAAGGUCCAUCUAGUCUGGCAUUCCGUUUCCGCCAACCAGCCAGAUGCCUCACAGGGUGCAAAGCUGCCCACUUAUCCCUUGAUCUCAUCUCAAACUGUCCCAAGCUGGUGCCUGCACCUUGUAGUAUAUGUAUUGAUGGCUCCCACUUUUUUAGAAACCAGGGAACAGGAGGAUCCUUUUGCAAGCCGACCCAGCCUGCUCCCAUUAGUCCUUUCUUAUUCCACAGCAAAGACAGCUUUUGAAGUCUGCAGUUAUGCAUGAAGCCAAUGAACUCCAGUUUGUGAUACCAGUUGACAGAGAUUUCUGGAUGUCUUAAUAAACUGAAAGUGCAUGCCCCUUAUACUGGGAGGAAUUUUAUAAAAGCCUGAAGUGUAAUGUCUUGUGUGUGCAGACUUCACAUCUGCAGGGGCUGGAAUGGCUUGGGGCAGCAAGCUCCAGAAUUGAACAGGCAGGGCAUGUUGGCAGACAGAGAGGGAUCUAUGAUUCUGCUACUAAUUCCCAUCUAUGCUGGGAAAACGUUAAACUUUCCCUUCUCCUGUUGUGCACAUUUGCCAUAUUUCAGCCAGGUUUCCAGAGGCCCAAUCACACAUGCCCCAUAGUCAUCAAGUAGUUCUAGGAAGAGGCAAGGACAGGCAGAGCAGAGAAAUCACAGAGUGGGAAAAGAGUAAACACACUAUGAGAUAAAUGGAGAACUCUGCCUACCAGAUUAGUAGGGCUGACAGAGCCAGCUGACAGCAGGAAUGCUGGGAUUUAGUCAGUGGCAUGAAGACAAUAAAGUGCCAUAGGACAGAAUGCUCCACAAAAAUACUUUAUUGUAGAAUAGUCAGCGCCAAUCAACAGCUCUCUCAGGCCAGAGCACCAACAAGCAGUAGCCUAGAUCCCCUGCCUGCAUGAUCCCUGCAGAACAAGCUUCUCAGGAUUUUCCCACUGUCCCCUGAAAGUCCCCGGAGGACCAUUAUCCUAAGUCCAGAGCAUAACAGCAGCUGGAGGCACCCCACUUAUGGUCUGUUGGCUAGUCCCACCUACCUCUCCAGUACAGUAGACUACACUGCAGGGCCUUUGGCAGCCUCCCAUCUAAUUGGAAUUCAUGGUAAGCCAGAUAGGCUUCCAUCUGCCUGGUGCUCCGCCAACUCUUUCCUGUCUAUGGAAGUAGCUCACUUAUAAGUGCUCAGUUCCAGGAGGAGCUUCCUCGUUUCCCAUUGAGGGUGGGAAGCUGUGUGGAAGAGCUUUUGGUUAUCACAUUUCCAACCCUCUCACCCCAUUGAGCAUCCCCAUUUGCAUGCAGGGGUUCCCUGGAAUGACCAAGUUUAUAUCUAAAUUAAAUGCUGUCCUGAGUCAUCAUUACCCUGUGCCCUAGUUCUGCUCUCCUGUUUUAGGAAAGGACAUUAUGCAGGGAUUAUGUUUUUUCUUGGACAGAUAUGCUGCUGCCUCUGAGGAAGGGUGCCGAUUUAUGUAUGUGUUCCUUUGCACGGCACUGAACUGCAGCAGCCUCUAGAGUGGGAUGUGGAAAGAACAUUGUGGGCCCAGAGUGUCCAGGUCACCGCGGAUUAAACAUAAUGCUGUAUAUCAACUGCAGCUGGAUAAUAAAAUGCCUAAACCAAAUUAUCC